AUGUAAUCUUAUGACAAAGCAUUAUUUAAUGUACAAGUGAUACGAAAACACUUCUUCAAGGACAGAGCCUACCAAUUAUAUUUAUUUGCUGAUGAAUUGGUUAUGACUGAUGUAAGUUGAUCUUCAAACUAGGAUCUGACUAAAACUCCAAAAUACAAUUUAAAAACGAAUUUAACAACUACGAUAAAGUGGAUAUGUGAGAAUAAGAGGAUUGUGGCUUUUGAAUUUUCAUACAACGGCAGAUUGAAAGAAGUCUAUGGACAAAAGCUGAAUCUACUCAAGGAGAUGCUUGCUGGGAAAGUAUUUUUCAGUCCAGUGUCCACUUUCUACUAAUUCCAUAUGGAAAUAGGCAGUGGAAUGACUGGAUCAGUAUAUCGGUGUAUAUCCACAGAAAACAGCGAGGAAUAUUUCGCAAUCAAGAAAGUAGACAAGAUGAAAAUAACCCAAAAUGAUGGAGCAAUAGUAUAUAAUUCUUAAAACCAAAGCCUCAACUAAUACAUGAGCUCAGUCUAUUGAACUAAUUAUAACAUCCUAGCAUUGUUAAAUUGAAGGAAACCUAUGUGGAUCAACAAAACUAUUAUAUCGUGAUGGAAUACAUAAACGGGAAGACUUUGUAUACAGAAUUAUAGAGUAGAAAUUAUGGACUCUCGGUUAACGAAUCGAUAAAGAUCAUGAAAGUAAGAUUUGGAUAGAGUCUUAGGAAUUGUUGGAGGCAAUUAUAUACAUUCACAAUAAGGGAAUAAUGCAUAGAGAUAUCAACCCUUUGAAUAUAAUGAAAGCCGAAACUGUGAAACUCAUUGACUUUGGCUUGGCCAGAAAGGUUAGAAAUUAGUUAAUAUUUCCCACUUCAGGAACACCUGGAUAUAUGGCUCCAGAAAUCAUCAACUUCAAUAAAGACAAACCCUACGAUGAGAAGGCAGACAUCUAUAGCCUUGGAUGUGUUCUGUUUAAAUUGUAUGUGAUUACAUUCUAACUCAAAGGUUGACUGGAGAGAAUCUAUUUACUACAAAAUAGAGCAAAUAGAAUAUAUACCAAUCAAACAAGCAAGGAGUUUUUGAAUUAAAAAAGUAAUUGCAACAUCCCGAAUGCAAUUCAAACAAAAUGGAUUAAUUGUUUGUAUGAUCAUUACUUAUAUAUAUAUAUAGAUUCUACUUCCAUAUAUGCUGGAAUCCAAUCCAUAGUCGAGACUAAACGCAAAGGUUUGUCUAACCAUUCUAGAAGAAAUCGAAAACAACAAUCUUCAGGUUGAAAGACUAAUUAAAAAGAUCUUGAUUAGAAAAUAAUUAGCUUUCAAUACAUCUGAGGAUUAUUAACAAGAUAAAAAGAGUGAAGAGAAAUCUUAAAAAUGUAAGUUUCGAUAAUCUAUUGAUGCUCAAUCAAAAAGGAGUUUGGAUGAAAUUUCAGUGCUUACUAAAAAUGUUAUGUUACAAAAUUAAUAACGAGUUAUACUUCCUUAGAAAAAAUAACCUUGA